CUCCCCUUUAUUAGACCGUUGGAAGCUCCCUUUCUUUUAAAAACCAAAGUUAGAACAAACACACAGAACUCUAAAUUUCACCAACAAAUCGUUUCAAUGGCGGAGACCAGUGGCUCUCUGCUUCUACAGAAUCAAACCCUACACUUUCUGCACGCAGCCCUUGAUCCCAAAUCUCUGAUUCCUUAUCAAUUCCCCGAUUCCCACGAACCCCAGUUGCUGCAGCUCACGACCGAGAGUUUCAUCAUGGAAAGAGGGCCCAGAUUCAAAGAGUACUCUGAUCUCAGAGACAGAAAGCUGAGGAUGAGGAAUCUGACGGAACAACAAACCCCAGAGAAAGAAAUAGAUCAAAGGGUUCAAAAUCGAUCGGUUCUGACCCCACCAAAGAAGCAGGUGAAAUUCAACUCGAACUUCACAACUCCGCCAAGGCGGCCGAAGGCUCCCUCCGCUUUGGCUCAAUCGGUGCCGGAUUUCUCGUCUGCUCUGCGGAAGGAGAACCGGAAGCCGGUGUCGGCGCUGCCUCCGGUGGCGGAGAGGUCGGUGACCCCGCCGGCGGGGUUGUCGAAGAGUGGGGGGAUUUACGGGAAGGUGGGAGGAGGGAGCAAGUCUGCAAACUCCGCGGAGAAAAGGAGUGGGGGACUGAUGGCGAGGAAGAGCUACGCGAGCAUGGAGGAGUUGAAGGGGUUGGCUGCAGCUGCGCAUAAAGAAAUCAAUGGAGGGAAAAAUGGUAGAGGAAUUGCCAAAACUGUUUUGGGGUGCAGACAGUUUUAAGUUUCUUGGCAGCCAAUUUAUUAUUAUUAUUAUUUGGCUUUGGCAUUGAUUAUUAUCACUUUUUCAAAUUUUUGGGUGUUGUGAUUGAUAAAAUGAUGGAUUUCAUACUACACUUUGUGUAUAGGGGAGGGAGCUUUUUGCAGUAUGAUACUAUGAUUGUAAGUUAUUUGAUUGGAAUAUAUUUUGCUAGUGGAUUCCCAUAAUAAUUA